GUUGUUUUCGUUGGUGCUAAUGCUAGCAUGUAUACACACAUUAAUGCUAAGCUAUUAGCCUGAUCGCUACAUAACUUCCGGACAAACGUGAUUAGUACCUAGUGUAGACAGUCUAACUUAAUGGUUAACAUAUUUGCGGAAGUUUUAUAACACCACCUGUGCCCUGUUUGCAUGUCACGGUCGCAUCAACGCCUCUCAGCUCUUUUUAGCGUAGCCUCCUCCCCUCAACAGAUAAAAAGAGCGUGUCUUUUGUCUUGCGGACUACCGAUCGAGGAUGGUGAGGCUCGUCUGCUUCUCACAUAGAGUCCAAGAAGCAGAGGCAAGGAUGGGAGUCGAGGGCUUGAGCCCAUAAAACGGAGAGAAAGGAGAAUGAUUUCACGAUACAACAGAAAACCUGUAUCGCACAAACUUGAGAUUCGUGGGUUGUCUCAUAGCCGCCUCGAUCACCACCCUCUCCCUGAAGAACCAAACGAUAAUCCAGUUCCUCAUCACCACCUCCGUGACCUGCAGGAAGCUGUCUCGGCACACAACAGCUCCCAGGCAUCGUCUGCAUCAGGCCACUCAGCCUGCCCCACUGUCAUCUCUUCGGUAUCCAACCAGUCCUGGUCAGGUAUUCACAGCGCCACAGGCACUGGCAUCUCGACCGAAAGGAGCUCGGUUUUCUCCUGGGGCUAUGACGAGUUCGACAAGGCAGCGUCACGCCAGGUGCAGCAAAUGUUUGAUGAGAUCGACACGGAGCUGUACGAGGGGCGAGGCAGUGGGGGAGGGGUCCUCCAGGGGCUGCAGGAUGAAUGUCAGCAGUGGACCACACGCUUCCCACACCUUCGGAUCCUGGGGACUCAACUUAUGUGUCCCUCUGAUGAGGGCUUCCAGUGGUAUGCUAAUCCAGGGACACGCAGCCCAUCAGUUGGCAGAAAAAGCGAUGUGAAGUCUGAGGAGAAAGAACACGGCGGUGCAGAGUUGAAUGUGCAGGGCAGGAAAGCAGCACUGAUCAAGUCCUCGCCCGAGUUGGACACCCUCCCUAACGACAUUGAUGGUUCCAGCAGCCAUGCCAAGCCAAGAGUGAUUGAAGUCGAGGGUCUAAUGGAGGAAUAUCUGGCGUUUGAUAGCAGGGAAUUGGACGGUGAGUGUGUUGACAGUUCACAGUCGGUCCGGAGGCAUCGCUGUCUCCCUCCCGUCUCGCCGUACCGAUGUCGCCGCCAAGCUGUUCUCGACUUGCUGUUUGAUGAUGUGUGGCGGGAGCUGGUUGGCUGGAUGAAAGAGUUGGUCCAACGCCACUGGGAAUGCGGCACCUCCCAUGAUGAAACCAUUUCUGGAAGCUUGAGUCCCGUGCCUUCAGACUCCCAUGAUCCAUUUAUUCUGCUCUCCACGCCGCCCACGUUGCUGCCUAAGCUCGGGCAGAACUGGGUGCCGUUGCUCACCGCUGGUCAGCAGAGCUCAAAGUCAGGGGGCUCAGAGCACAAGUCCAGGUGGAAGUCCAAAAAGCAGAAAAGACCUUCCGCUGGAUCAUUCACCGUGACCCAGGCUGGCCGGACAUCUGUGGGAGCAGCAGCGGCGCGGCACAACCUGAACGACCUCAUCACCAUUCACAGCAUCCCCCUGCAGCAGAGGAACCAAGACCCAGAGGAGCGAGCGUCUCUCAGGCCGGGCUCUAGUGCGGUCCCUUCCAGCAAACCUCGCCCCCGCAGAGUCCUGGAGCAGAGUUCUUCCUCGCUGUCUCGUCCGCCGCAUUCGGCUCGGCGCAGAAACCCUCCUCCUCGGACCUUGCUGCCUCUGGUUCCCAGCUCGAGCCAGUCUAGCGCAGGAGUUUACCUGGAUGAGGUCAUCCGAGGGACUCGCCUAAUCACGAGCGCGGCACAGACUGGACUCAACGUGCACGGCUUCCUCCACAGAACCACGGCCAGCGACCGGCUGACAUCUCCGCUGCUGCCGCUGAGCCGAAGCACCCCGCUUCCUCCCAUCAGCAUCGGGGAGUCGGAGUCUCACUCAGGGCAACAGUCGAAACUCGCACAGCGUGUGAAAGGCCACCCCAGCCGCGCCCACAGUGCUAUCAACAACGAGGCUGGCAGCUCUUUACCGAGGGAUCGUCACCACCUGCUGGACGUCUUCUCUCGCCCAAACACAACUCACACGUACCGGUCAGACACGCCGUACCGCAGCUCUUUCACCGUACUGGACAACAUCGGACAGGGGAGGCCGGGCAGAACAGCUGUGGGCACAGACUCCCUGGGAAUCGGCGUGACUGGCAUUAGCCUCGGCAUCAGCAGCUCGUCUUUCCUGGACUCGUUUCCUCACCACCCGCUGGGCCACGCCCCCAUCAGAGAUGAAGAGGAGCCAGAGCCACAAGUCCCAGCCCCUCUGGUACCCGUAUCAGGCCCACCUCGGUACUACACCCGGGGAAGCAUCUCAUCCAGAGCUGGCAGACCUGGCUUGUAGUUUUCUCCCGAGAUCUUCAUUUAUUCGUAUUAUUGCAUCACCCUGUCGUUUCUGCACCCACUUUCACUAAAGUAGCCGUUUUUGUUUUUUACUCGUUUUUGUAUUUCAGAAAUCAGCUGAUGUGGGAAUAUUUAUACUACAGCAUGUAUGAUCAGAUUGUGUACAUGUGUUGUACUGCUACACAACUAUGCAGGGAAUCAUGCAUCCAGUCAAUACAAAGAUAAAAGCACUGCCCAGCCCUCUCUCUGACGUUAAAUCGGGGAGUUUGGUACUGUACCUUUUCAUAAAACAAGACAUUCAGCAUCUUGUUGCAAGCAGGAAGCAAAUCAACACCCUACAUAGAGAAGAUCUGUGGCUGAACAGUCAGCGUCUCCUUCUGGAAUUAUCCUACCAUGUAGGAAAAUGACAUGUACAGAUCAGUAUUUGUAAAUAAUCUAAUCAUUGUGUUUGUACAAAUAUUUAAUUUUUUUUUUUUUUUCUGAGCAAAGCCAAGGGCUCACACAUCAUGUUCUACUGUAAAAGACUAAAACAGCCACGCCACGGGGGGAGCAGAGCAUCAUGAACUUGUUUUACAUAAAAUAAAAGAACUGUGUACAAACUACAA